AUGGCGGUGGCGCGGCUGCGCUCGGCCACCGCGACGGCGGCGGCGGCUGCGGCCCGGCUCCAGCCGGCGCUCGCGGGCCGGCGGCACCUCGGGACGGCGGCCGCGGCGGAGGCCCCGGAAGCGGUCGUCGGGGCGGGCGGCGCGCGGUGGGAGCCGAUGGGGGCCCGGGAGUACUACGACUACCGGAGGGCCAUCUACGGCGACAUCACGCACAAGGCCAUCCUCGUCGACGCCGCCGGCACCCUCCUCGCCCCCACCGAGCCCAUGGCCCAGGUGUACAGAACAGUAGGCGAAAAGUAUGGGGUUAAGUACUCGGAGGAUGAGAUCUUGAUGAGGUACCGGCAGGCAUAUUCGCAGCCAUGGGGCAGAUCGCGGCUUAGGUAUGUUGAUGAUGGGAGGCCCUUUUGGCAACAUAUAGUUAGUUCUUCUACAGGCUGCUCAGAUUUACAGUACUUUGAGGAACUUUAUCAUUACUAUACAACUGAGAAGGCCUGGCGGCUCAUUGACCCUGAUGCUAAAUAUGUUUUUGAAGCAUUGAGAAGGGCUGGUGUGAGAACAGCUGUUGUAUCCAACUUUGACACCCGCCUCCGGCCACUUUUACAGGCCCUGAAUUGCGAUCACUGGUUCGAUGCAGUUGCUGUAUCUGCUGAGGUUGCAGCAGAAAAGCCAAACCCAACAAUAUUCCUGAAGGCCUGCGAGUUGUUGGACGUGAAGCCUGAAGAGGCUGUGCAUAUUGGUGACGACCGUCGGAAUGAUUUGUGGGGAGCUAGGGACGCAGGCUGCGAUGCCUGGCUUUGGGGCAGUGAUGUUCACUCCUUCAAGGAAGAGUGGCAUUUCGCUGUCAGUCUAGUUGGGAUUAAUAUACACUGCAAAUAA